GCGCUAAAAUAAUUCGGCCAAUGGGACGGGACCACGUUUGUCGGCAAACACGGAUGUGAGCAGCCAGGCACCGCGCUGAAAUGUAGGGCGAUUUGAAUUGUACACCAAGGAGGUUCACCAAGAGGAGACUUCCAAAAGUAGGUGGCCGACAGCACCCUAUAAAUAACAACACACAUUUAAACCUCAGCAGUCGGCAGAGAGACACACGGAACUAGAGUUUCGCAUUCCUUUAUUCCACUCGGACAUAUUUAUAAACCGGACUACAGAAACAUCGCGUUCUUGCCAAGUAUGCCGGAUAUGUCGCUGUUAGGAUGAUCUGGGUGUAAAUACUCGUUCUGUCCUAUUGCGCGUUGUGAAUCCCGGUGGAAAGACACACGGCUGUAUUUCGGGGGUGUGAUAAAUGUCAUCAUGGAGUCGGGACGGUGGAGAGGUUUGAGCAGUGUCCUGUCCUCCCUGUCUCUGCUCUGUGUGCUGCUGGACCUACAGCUGGACGGUGUGUUAGGAGCAACACCUGUUGAGAUUGAGCAUCAUCUGGAAAUGGGCCGUAAGCUGCUGGCAGCCGGACAGCUGGCUGAGGCCCUGUCUCACUAUCAUUCAGCUGUGGAGGGUGACUCUAAGAACUACCUGACAUACUACAAACGGGCCGCUGUUUUCCUGGCUAUGGGAAAGUCCAAGUCAGCUCUGCCUGACCUGUCCCAGGCCAUACAGCUCAAGCCAGACUUCCUUGCGGCCAGACUGCAGAGGGGUAAUAUUCUACUGAAACAGGGAAGUACUCAAGAGGCUAGAGAAGACUUCCAAGCAGUACUGAAGCGUUCCCCGAAUCAUGAGGAAGCACAUGAUCAGCUCAGUAAGGCCGAGGAGCUGGAGUUACUCCAGGAAGAGGCGCAUGAGGCCCAUCACCGUGGAGACUACAUCACUACGGUCCAGGUGCUGGAGAAAGUCAUAGAGCUCUCUCCUUGGGAUCCAGAGUCUCGAGAACUAAGAGCCGAGUGCUACAUCCGACUCGGGGAUCCACGGAAGGCCAUUAUGGACCUGACACCAGCAACACGUCUCCGUGCGGACAACCGAGCAGCCUUCCUCAAACUCAGCCAACUCCAUUACAGUUUAGGCGAUCAUCACGACUCGCUUAAUCAGAUCCGUGAGUGUCUGAAGCUGGAUCAGGAUGAUAAGGAGUGUUUCGCUCACUACAAACAGGUCAAGAAGCUCAGCAAGCAGCUGGACUCUGCAGAAGAGCUGAUCUCAGAACAGAGGUAUCAGGAGGCCAUUGAGAAGUAUGAAUCUGUGAUGCGAACAGAGCCGAACGUGGCUUUCUACACUAAUAAAGCAAAGGAGAGGAUCUGCUUCUGCUUAGUCAAAAUGAAGAGCGCUGAGGAGGCCCUAGACAUUUGUUCGGAAGCCCACCAGAGAGAACCUCAGAAUAUCCACAUCCUCCGGGACCGAGCGGAGGCCUACAUCUUACUGCAGGAAUAUGAGAAAGCUGUGGAAGACUAUCAGGAGGCACGGGAGUUUGAUCAGGACAACCAGGAGAUCCGUGAAGGUCUUGACCGAGCACAGAAGCUCCUCAAGCAGUCUCGCAAGAGAGACUAUUACAAGAUCCUGGGGGUCAGCAGGAGUGCCAACAAACAGGAAGUCAUAAAAGCGUAUAGAAAGCUGGCUCAGCAGUGGCAUCCUGAUAACUUCCAGUCGGAAGCAGACAAGAAAGAGGCAGAGAAGAAGUUUAUUGAUAUCGCAUCAGCAAAGGAAGUGCUCACAGAUCCAGAAAUGCGUCAGAAAUUUGAUUCUGGCGAGGACCCUCUGGACCCUGAGAAUCAGCAGGGUGGAGGAGGUGGAGGAAGCAGAGAAUGGCCCUUUGGCUUCAACCCCUUUGAAGGCGGAAACUUUCACUUCAAGUUCCACUACAACUGAUAACAGAUGGGCUGAUGCGGUGUAAACGGACUAAGAAACCUGGCUAGAGAUCCUGCUUUGGAGGAAACGUAUCAAACAGGGAGUUUUUUGUCGUCGAGACUUGAAUCCACAGGCUGUUUUGGACUUCUCCAGAAGCAAAUUACUUAAUCGGUGAAAAACCACUAGUUUGGUGUUUGAUUUCCUGUCCUUCAAUACGUAAAAAAGAGUGAACUUGGAGUCUUAACCCCAGCUGAGUCAUUUUGGCUCAGAAUUUUUGAUCUUUCUUUGACAUGUGCCAUCACUUUGUCUUUCUCAUACUGUCUUUUUUUUCUUUUUCUGCUGCUUAUGUUUGUUUUCUUUGAAUGACACUCCAAAAUAGUCUGUGCCAUGUACUUCUGACACCAGAAUGUCAUAUUUACGUUCUUGAAGAUUCAGCUCUGACAUGCUGGCAGUCUUGAAAUAGAUAAAACAGUAUUGCACAGUUUUUGGCAAAGGAGGUACCUUUUCUCAUAUCUUUGUCUCAUUUUUUUUUUAACCCAACUGCAUAAAACUACCAGAAAUGAACAUGCUUUAUAACUGCUUCAUAGCCUGACACCUUUGAUCUGAUGCCAGUUUGCACAGUAUUUUUUUUACUGAAAUCUUUGCUAAAGUUUAGAUGACAGAUGUUUAUGAUCAUUGGACAGCUGUUGCAGAUGAUAAAUCAGAUGACAGGCUAUGAAGCAGUCUUUAUGUGGUUGAAGUUUUUUCCUCUAAUAUAUCCACAGGUCAAUGUCCCACAACAAAGCUUUAAAACUAUUAUGUAAACUUAACGAGUCACCCCUGCACCAACUCGAGCUGAAGGUCAACCAACUUAAGAAAUCAUUAGCUAUUGGAAAAAAGUAAUUAGCUAAAAAAAAAAGUAAUAUUUGAAAAUUUAUGAAAUGUGGCAAAGGUCAUUUAAAAGGUUUGUGGGUUUUUUGGGUAUGUGCUUGUUAGUUUGUGCUGACAUGCCAAUGCAAUGUCUCCUUUGACCUUAUUGAUGUUACGGACAUAGUUCUUCCUAAUGUUUUAUGCUUAUUUUUCAUUUGUUUUAAGCUAAAACAAAUUCAUGAAAAUCUCCAAGAUAUACUGUAUUUAAGAAAGAGUAUUUAAGA